CUCAAAAAGUGCUGCCAAGUUUUAAAUAAUCUCAAAACUUAAGAGAUCACAAAGAAUAAAAAAUUUAUGAAAAUAAAAGAAUAUUUCUUCACAUGGAAAACUAAUUAAUAUUUAUAAAGCAAAGAGUUUUUCCUCAAUUUUCCAACACUUGUACACACAACAAGAAAAACAUCUGAGAGUUUUCCUCUAUUUUGGCCAACCAAACUGAGAUGCUAGAACUAAACACUAAACAGUGAUAGUCUUUAUUUUGGCGGCAUUGUGUACGGGCGUCUGGUCUUUCGAACUAGUACGGUUAUUAUAUUUGUUAUUCCGAUAUUUAUUUUUUCGGUUCUGUUUUUUCUUCGCUCGGUUCUGGCUUCAAGAAGUAAAGUGGACCAAAUUUCAAAAAAGAAAAAAAAACUUUAUGUUCAAGUUGUGUGUUGGCGUAUGUUGUGUAUUUUAUGUAUGAAGUGAAAUAAAAUGAAAAGAAAUUAUAAAUAAUGAAAAAAUCUUGCAUACGUUUUUUAAGUUUUCUUUUUACGAGAAAUUAACAGAAGGAAAAUAAAAUAAUAAUAGAAAAAAGAAAUACCUACUAAUAGGCCAGACGCAAAGUUGCGUUCAUUCGAAAGUAUGCGUGAGUGACUGUGUAUACGUUACAUGAGAGUUGAUCGUGAAAUUUUGUUUUCAUAAUUAUAAACAAAAAAAUCUAUAUAAAAAAACGAUCUUUAACAAUUUAUACAUGACGUGCCUUUUACGAGAUCAAUAUGUGGUCGUACAAUUUUCAAUCGAAUUUUAAGUCUAUUUCGUUCGAAAAAUUCAAUGAUUUAAAACAAAAAUCACAUUCUUUGAGUAUGCGAUAAAAGGAAAUGUGAAAAAAUUGUUAAAGUAAUUAAGUUCACUAUAGUGGUGAAACAAUAACAACAAAAAAUAUUUAACAUAAAAUUGAAAAUGAAAGUGACAUCAGUAUGAUUUAUAAUGAUCCAUACAGGGUACAACAAACUACAAAAAAGUAGAUCAAAUAGUAAAAUCGGAAACAUGUGAUGCUAAAAAAUAAAUUUAAAGAAAUAAGAAAAAUGAGCAUAAAGUGCCUUAUAUUUUGCUCUUCAGAUAUUUUUAUUUCUAAACAAACUAAAUCCAACCACAAUAAAAACGGCAAUCAUAAAAAUAACGAACAACGAAAAUUUGUAGAUGAAAUUUUACAAACAAACAAAUCGAACUAGAAUCGAAAAGGGGAAAAAGCAGAAAAACAUAUAGAUAUUGUUUUGAAAACAAAAAUUAAAUGUUUAACAAUUUCUAAAAUGCAAAAGCCUAUAAAAAAUAAACAAAAUCUUUGUAUUAUCAAUAUAACAACGGAAUUGAAUUUCAAGUGUUUGUGUACAAAACAAUAUACAACGACGAAAAAGCGAAAAUGCCACAGAGUUGCAUUUAGCUAUAGUAAUUAUAAAAACGAACAUUUCAGAGAUAUACAAAAACAACAGCAACAAAAUGAUCAGCAUCUACGCUUAACUAUGGCAGUGCCACGAAAAAGAAAGUUUCAGAAAAUUUCAGCAACGAUACAAUAAUAUUUUCGUGAUUAAACAAAAUUUAUAUAUUAUUAGAAAAAAAAAAACAUUUUCUACAACAAAUCAAAAAAAAAAACAUACAAAAUAUAUCACCUUAUAUUUAGCAUUAAAACGCUGAUAUAAAUUUAUUAAAAUUCAACGCUCCUAGCACUAAACUUCACUUUAAUUUUGUAAAGUGAAGUUAGUCGGUUUACAAUUGUUGGCGAACAAUGUUAGAUAUAUUCCGUGGAUUGAAAAACCUUAUAAAGGUCACUCACGUUAAAACCGAUUCACCAGUAUUUCGUUUGCAUUACUCUAUAACUGUGAUGAUAUUGAUGUCAUUUUCCCUAAUUAUAACCACACGUCAAUAUGUUGGUAAUCCCAUCGAUUGUGUUCAUACUAAAGAUAUUCCAGAAGAUGUUCUCAAUACAUAUUGUUGGAUACAUUCGACAUACGCGCUUAAAAGUUAUUUUAAGAAAAAGCAGGGCGUCUCCGUACCGUAUCCAGGCAUUGGCAAUUCCGAUGGGGAUUUGCAUGAAAAGAAACACUAUAAAUAUUAUCAAUGGGUGUGUUUUUGCCUAUUUUUUCAGGCAAUUUUAUUUUAUACACCAAGAUGGCUGUGGAAGUCUUGGGAAGGUGGCAAAAUUCAUGCACUUAUCAUGGACUUAGAUAUAGGAAUCUGUUCCGAAGCCGAGAAAAAACAAAAAAAGAAAUUACUUUUAGAUUAUUUAUGGGAAAACCUAAGAUAUCACAACUGGUGGGCGUACAGAUACUAUGUGUGCGAGUUAUUAGCACUCGUAAAUGUGAUAGGUCAAAUGUUUCUUAUGAAUCGAUUUUUCGAUGGCGAAUUUAUGACAUUUGGCUUAGAAGUGAUAAAGUAUAUGGAAGACGAUCAGGAGGAUCGAAUGGACCCCAUGAUUUAUAUAUUCCCUAGAAUGACCAAAUGUACAUUUUUUAAAUAUGGUUCUAGUGGGGAGGUGGAAAAACAUGAUGCCAUAUGCAUAUUGCCAUUAAAUGUUGUUAAUGAAAAAAUCUAUAUUUUCCUUUGGUUUUGGUUCAUACUAUUAACACUAUUAACAUUAUUAACACUGAUAUACAGGGUGGUUAUUAUAUUUUCACCACGUAUGAGGGUGUACUUAUUUCGUAUGCGAUUUAGGUUAGUGCGUCGAGACGCUAUAGAAAUAAUUGUUCGUCGUUCAAAGAUGGGCGAUUGGUUUUUAUUGUAUUUAUUAGGCGAAAACAUAGAUACGGUUAUAUUUCGAGAUGUUGUACAGGACUUAGCCAAUCGUUUAGGACAUAACCAACACCACAGGGUGCCUGGACUAAAGGGCGAAAUACAAGAUGCAUGAUAUUGGGAGUAUUAGAAACCAUACAAAAUGCAAAACGUUGUCUCCAUCUAAAAAAAACAGUAAAACUUCAAUGAAACUACCAAAAAAACAAAUAAAAAAUCCAAAAAAUACAAAAAAAAAUAAAAAAUUAAAAAAACAAAAUGCUGCCAAGUUUGCUUUUUAUUAGCAAUUUAUAUAAACACCAACAUCACCAACAACCAACAAUAAAAAACACAAAACUCGAUCAUCAAAACAAUAUGGAAAACAAAGUCCUUAAUAAAAAUAAACAAUGGAUUAACAGGAAUAUAAACAAUAACUACAGGACUACAACUAAAAUUAUUGCAGACGCACAAUUACAAAAAAUAUCAUCUCGUCAUCAUUAAAAAUCAGCAUCACCGACCAACAAGCAUUUCCAUCAUCAUUUAACCCCACAGAAGUCGAACAACACCUUUAGCCCACAAAACAGGAAGAAGAGAAAGAAGUUUUUUUUGUUUUUUUAAGUCUUUAAGCUAAGGAUUGAUAAUAAGACAAUUGUCUUAAAUUUUUUUAGGACAAUUUGUAAAAUAAUAUAACACAAAACAACCAACAAACAAAUAGUUAUAAGAUCAAUCAGAAGAAAAUUAUAAACAUCAUCAUCAUACCAUCAUGACUACUAGUUUCAAAAGUUUAGACCUCCAAGAGUAAAAGCAGGUUUAGAAUAAAAACGUAUAAUUGGAUUAAUUCAUCAUAUGACAUCAUUCAAGCAUUUUUUAAGAACACUGGCUCUUGCUGCUUUGUGUAGUUUAACACUUUAUAAUCAUGAUAGAACCUUAAGCUUAAAUGAAAAAAAAAUCUUAAAAAAAUCAAAAAAGAAAAUUUGGAGACAACAACCGGUGUAUAAUUGCAUUUUUGUAUUGGCCAAAAACGCAAAAGCCCCCAAAAUCCACAAAAAUGACAACACAAUAAGUAAUAACAAAUGAAGAAACAACAACAAAGUGUUCAUUUAUUUAACUAAAUUUAGACAAACAAAAUCCUUUUUUAUAUAAAACUACUUAAAAAAAUCUCUCAAAAAAAUCUAUAAAAACACAAUUCAUAUACUAAUCAGGCCGCCAACUAAAUAAAGAACACUCAGUUAUCAUGUUUUAACUAAAGAACAUCAAAAUUAAACGCCCUCGUCUAAAACAAACAAACACCCUUUAAGAUAAACGAGAAUAUAUCAACAACCAACAACAAAAACAUUUAAACAACAUCCUUUAAAUUUAAAUUUUAUAAUUAAAACAAAAGAAAACAUAUUCAAACCUAAGAAAACCAAAAAACAAACAAAAUAGCGCGCAUCAUCUAAUAACCAUUCAAACAAAAAAAGAGAAAGAAAAAAUGUUAUAAUAACAAGUAAUUUCUUUCUAAAUAAAAUUAAAACAAAAAUCAAUAUCAUAUUAAACAAAAUUACACCAUCUACAAACACACAAAACAUACACUCGAGAAAAAAAUUAACCAUAAAAAAAUAGUAUUAAACAAAAUACCUUUUUUAAACAAAAUCCGAGAAAAACGAAUUGAAAAAAAAAUCAUUAGAAUCAUUACUACUCUAUCAAUAGUUAAAAAGUACAUACAAACAUCAAGAAAAAAAAAUUUAAGUAAAAAAACAAAACAAAAAUACUCCCCCUUUUAAAUUAAACAAUAAACUCAUUAAUAUUAUUAUAAAAAAAAAUGUACAGAAUUUUUUUAUUAAAAAUUAGUUACAAAUUAAAGAAAUUAUAAAAAUAAAAAAAAAACAUAAGCAAUUAUUUGUAGUUAUAUUACUUUUUCUAUUAUUAAGAGUAUUGUUAAAAGAAUUUACAAUUCAUAAGAAACUUUAGUUUAAUCAUUAAAAAAAACUCAAUAAAAACAAAAACAAAAACAAAUAAAUAUUAUAUAUUUAAUAUCCGUCCAAAAAUGCAUACAUUUUUAGCGAACUAAUGAAAACUACCAACCAACUACCAGCAUUCAUUCCAAUUCAAUUUUUAGAGACCAAAAUUAUAGCAAAGAAAAUAUAAAGAAACGCAGGAAACCAAUUAAACAAAAAAUAUCCUCAGAUUGUCAUUUCAGACUUACAAACUUAUUAUUAUGCAAAUACAUAGGGAUUUUUGUUUAUAUUAUUAUAUUAUUGACUAUUUUCUAAUUUGUUUUUUUUUAGUAAAAUAUUUUUCUAUAUUUUGGCUUUUAAUCUAAAUUAUAUAUAUUACGUUUUAUAAACAUAAAGUGAUCUAAAAUGUGCAAAGGACAAAGUAGACACGUUUUUUAAACAAAUUACAUGUUCACUGUUGUUUUAAGUAUGACAUAGGUGGAUGUGACAAAUGAAUACCUAUGACAAGUUUUGUUUGUUUUUUUUACAUGUGUGAGCUUUAAUAGCUCAGAAAUUAACUUUGCAAGAGAGUAAUAGAGCUCCUUAUAGAAUCCUUUGGUUAUUUCUUCUUUAAAUGUGUAGUUGAACAGACCUCUGACUGGUUUUGUCUCUUUUUUAUAUAUGUACAUAUAUGAAAGCUUUAAAAUAUGUAUGUGAGUGCUAGAGAGCAAAAUAGAUCAUAAAUGAGCCAAUCGCCCAUUUUUGUUCUUAAGCACGUGUUAAUGCAUGACAAGAAUCUCAUUAGAGCGAUAUUUGCCAAUUACUUAAAAAACUACCAACUUUUAUUCACAAGUUCUAAAUCAAAUAUACCUACAAAUGUAUCUCGUCUCAAGAAAGAAGUCAAACUUAACUAACUUCGUAGAUAGACUCACUCUGUAUGAAAAGCGUUUUUCAAAAAUGAUCAGGCUUUUUUAUAAUCUUUAGCAAAAUCAUUUCCUUUUUUUUUGAGAUAUAUUUAUUUUAUACGGGUAAAAGUUAAAAAAAAUCUGAUCCCUAAAAUUGUCAUAUUUAAAGGAACUUAUACAUAACUUCGUAAACACCUUUAAAGAAUCUUGUGUUUUCUUUUAACUCUUUCACGUAUAUGGAACACUACUGACCCCAGAUUUUUUAAAUUUUAUCCUAUUUAGGGGUUUAUUUAGAAUUAACAGCUACAGUAAAUGGGCAUUUCCAAAGAAAAUUUUUAGAAUUUGAUGUGUGUAAUGAAGUUAUAUCCAUAAAAAGUCCAGGGAUGGAUAAAAUUAAACUAAAAUUUAAGAAAUAAUUACAAAAAAACUUUCUUUAGAUCGGUUCAGCUCAGUAGCGGUCAUUUCUUGACCUAUAUUUUGGGUAUCGUCAUAAAACAAAGCAUAAAAAAUGUCAAAUAUUCCUUCCUUUAGGAUAUUUUCGAAUUUCAAAAGACGAAUUAAAAAAAAAUUAUAUUAUUUUAAAUAUUGACUGAGCAACAAGUUCAUUCAAAAAAAAAAAAAAACUUCUAAGUAUGUAUAAAAUAUUCUAAACAGGCUUUAGAAUACUCUAGAGUAUUUGGAAUCUUGAAUGAAAUCGUAAUAAAGAAGACUAUUCUCAGUAUAUGCUGCAUUCAGAAUUACGUUUUUUGGAGUAUUAGAGCUAGUAAAAGGGGGAAAACAGAGUUUACUUAUAUAUUUCAGAUAUUGGAUUCAGAAUAUAUUAGUUUCACUAUUCUAUAGAAAUUUUUAGAUUUUUGUACCUCAAAUUUUAUUGACUUUAAGAUCUAAAGAGUAAAAAUUAAAAAAAGCUUAGAGAUCUUAGAGACACUGCAAAAGUUUAUAUAAUUAUGCUUAGUAAUCUACAAUUUUACGUAUUCUCUUAGUAAAUAUGGUACAACAAUAACUUUAUUAACAAAUUUUCAGAUUGUGGCUUAAAUCAUGGAAUUAACUACGGCAAUAACUAUAGAUGUUUCUAAUAAUACUUGCACUUUUUUUAUAUAACUUAUAGCAUUUAGUUGACAACAAUGAGUUCACUUCUCAAAAGCACAUUUUAGAUCUACUUAUUUAGAACAGGAUUUAUUAUUGAAAAAUAUUUACAAACUUAAGUUUUAUUUGUUAAAAUCUAAGGACGAUGUUAAAGAGAUUUCCAUAAUUACCAAGAAAAAAAACUUACCACACAAGAUCAAAAGGAAUAGUAAUAAACACUGCCAGGAUUUUAGAUGAACAAAAGAGCAACCAUUAGAACCACAUACAAUACACUUACACCUCACCAUCAAAAAAAAAAAAAAAUGUUAGUAAACUACGAGACAGGUAAAGAAAUUAA